CCAAGAAGAAGCCAGGGCUCAUUCGCCCAUUCUCACGUAAUCGGACCGUUUGGAUCGGGGGGGAACGACAUGCUGCAGCUUGGCGAUGAAGUUUCGCUCUACACCGUCGUCUUCGUGGUGGUUCUGCUGGCCACCCGUAGUCCGGUGUGGUCCAGCGUCUUGACGGGCUUCCUCUAUCUCUUCAUAGCCAUGUUCCGCUUCCCGCAGCUUCCGGCUAGCCGAGCCCGCCAAGUGCUUCACCCGGCUGGGUCUGGCAAGGUGUCCGUGGUAGCGCACCGGGGCGGCGGACACGACGCGCCGGAGAACACUAUCGCAGCCAUCCGACAGGCAAGCAAGAAUGGGGCCACGGGAGUAGAACUGGACCUGGAGUUCUCUGCAGACGGAGUUCCAAUCCUGAUGCAUGACGAGAGUGUGGAUCGAACCACAAAUGGAUCAGGACCCCUCAGCCAAAUAAGAUUUGCUGACUUGGGGAAGCUGGAUGCAGCUGCCAAACACCGACUCAGGGACAGGUUUGCUGGGGAGAAGAUCCCCACACUGGAGCAGGCUGUGGAAGAAUGCCUCAAACUACAGCUCACCAUAUACUUUGACGUGAAAGGCCAUCCAGAUGAGGCAGCUGCAGCUCUGUCAGCUUUGCAUAAGAAGCACCCAGCCCUGUACAACAGCAGCAUCGUCUGCUCCUUCGAGCCCAAGGUCAUCUACAAGAUGAGGCAGACUGACCCACAAGUAGUCACUGCGUUGACCCAUAGGCCAUGGAGCCUGAGUCGCUUCGGCGAUGGCUCCGCGCGUUACUCCUCACUAUGGAAACACCACUGGCUGACAUUAAUGGAUAUCGUGCUGGAUUGGGCGCACCAUCACGUGCUGUGGAGGCUCUGUGGCAUUUCGGCCUUCCUGGUGCAGAAGAACUUUGUCUCACCGGACUAUGUGCAAUACUGGAGCCAAAGAGGUGUGGAGGUGGUCGCCUGGACGGUAAACACAGGAGUGGAGAAGCAACACUACCAAGAGUUGCUGAAAGUCAGCUACAUCACGGACAGUCUUGUGGAGGACUGUGAACCUCACUACUGACACUCCAACACCCACUGGGGCCAUUCUUUUAGUAUGCACAACAUGGCUUUGUGCUUGUAUUAUAAACAUGUGAUGAUAGCCGGGGAUACACUACCUCCCAUUUGGCCAGCAGCAUUAAAUGAAGGCAAAUAUCUACAAUGAAACCUCAAUUCGAUACUUAGCUUUGAUGUUUAGAAUUUCGAUUUGAAUAGAACUCUUCGUAUACUCACUAAAGACGACUUGAAAUGUAUUUUCAACUACCUGAAUGUUGCCUCAGCCUCACGGUCUAUUGACGAACCACUUGUAGUGUGUUUGUACAAGAUGACCUCUUGAGAGCAUUUGCAAAAUAAAUGGACGUACAACCCAAACACCCUUCUGACAUAACACUCAGACUACUGCUCUUGGCUCGUGGCCUCAGGUGAGUGACCCACAUAGUAGAGUUCAUUGUGGUGGAUCUCACUCUGGAUAAGCCUGUCUGAGCCGCUUCUUGACCAGGCUACACUUUAGCGUCAGUGCAAAGAUUGACGACCCACAGAUGACCCUUGUUUCCUCCGGUUAAUCUGGAAAUAACCUACUGUAUGUUUAUACAUUAUGUGUAUAUGCUGUAUAAAUUGUGUAAAACAAAUGUCUGCAUGUUGAUAAAUAAAUGUUAUAAUAUACUUGUAUGUGCCGUCAUAACCA